UGUCAGUACUGUCACCAUACGGAACGGAUCGGUAUCGAGAAUUUUUGCCGCAAUGGGAGACUCUGCUGCCGACGCAAUCAAGGAUCUUAACAUAAACGACAAGUCAAAAACUAAAGCAAUGAAGGAGAAAAAGAAGAAAACUGAGGACUCUGGUGGUGUCUCUGAGCUCAACCCGUGGCCGGAGUUCAUACAAAAGAGGAUCACCCUCUGGGACAAAUACAAAGUGCAGUAUGCCGAGGAGUUGGCCAAGAAACCGGAUGUCAGUAUUGUUGUUACGUUGCCGGAUGGAAAGACGGUCGAGGCUAAAGCGUGGAGGACUACGCCUUAUGAUGUGGCCAAGGGGAUCAGCCAAGGCCUGGCGGACUCCACCAUCAUAGCGCGGGUGAACAACGAGCUCUGGGACCUGGACAGGCCGCUGGAAGGAGACUGCAAGCUGGAGCUCCUCCGCUGGGACAACACGGACGCCCAGGCUGUGUUCUGGCACUCUUCAGCACAUAUGCUCGGCGAGGCUAUGGAGAGGGUGUACGGCGGCUGCUUAUGUUACGGGCCGCCCAUCGAAGAGGGAUUUUACUACGACAUGUAUUAUCCCGAGAAAGGAAUCUCAUCCACAGACUUCCACGUGCUGGAAGGUCUGGUGAAGAAGAUCGCCAAAGAGAAGCAACCGUUUGAACGUCUAGAGCUCACGAAGGAACAGCUGCUUGAGAUGUUCGACUACAAUCCGUUCAAAGUGCGGAUCCUCAAAGAGAAGGUGAACACACCCACUACGACGGUGUACCGCUGCGGGCCGCUUAUCGACCUGUGCCGCGGGCCCCACGUCAGGCACACGGGCAAGGUCAAGGCCGUCAAGGUCACUAAGAACUCGGCAACAUACUGGGAAGGCAAAGCUGACGCGGAAAGCCUCCAGCGUAUCUACGGCGUGUCCUUUCCGGAGCCGAAACAACUUAAGGAGUGGGAGACGAUUCAGGAAGAGGCUGCUAAGAGGGACCAUAGGAAAAUCGGCAGGGAGCAAGAGUUGUAUUUCUUCCACGAGUUAUCACCAGGGUCCUGCUUCUUCCAACCCCGCGGCGCACACAUAUACAACACUCUGGUCAACUUUAUACGCGAACAGUAUAGGAUCCGAGGCUUCCAAGAGGUGGUGACACCGAACAUAUACAACGCUAAGCUGUGGCAGACAUCUGGCCACUGGGCGCAUUAUGCAGAGAAUAUGUUUUCCUUUGACGUGGAGAAGGAAACCUUCGCGCUGAAGCCCAUGAACUGCCCUGGCCAUUGCUUAAUGUUCGACAACCGCACCCGCUCUUGGCGCGAGCUGCCGCUGCGCAUGGCGGACUUCGGUGUUCUGCACCGGAACGAGCUCAGUGGCGCCCUCACCGGCCUCACAAGGGUUCGAAGGUUCCAGCAAGAUGAUGCGCAUAUAUUCUGCGCACAACAACACAUCGAGAAGGAGAUGGUGGGCUGCCUAGAGUUCCUGGAAGCGGUGUACUCGACGUUCGGGUUCACGUUCCAGCUGAAGCUGUCCACGAGGCCUGAGAAGUACCUCGGGGAGCUCGCCUCUUGGAACGAGGCCGAAAAGGCGUUAGAAGACUCGUUGAACAAAUUCGGCAAGCCGUGGCAACUGAACCCGGGUGACGGGGCGUUCUACGGCCCUAAGAUCGACAUCACCAUACAGGAUGCCUUGAGGAGAUCACACCAAUGUGCGACCAUACAGCUCGACUUCCAACUGCCUGAGAGAUUCAACCUGAGCUACGUCAGUGAGAGUGGAGAGAAGAAACGGCCCGUGAUCAUCCACCGCGCGAUCCUCGGUUCCGUCGAGCGGAUGAUCGCCAUUCUGAGCGAGUCGUACGCCGGCAAGUGGCCGUUCUGGCUCAGUCCGCGGCAAGUCUGCAUCGUGCCCGUGGGGCCGGCGUUCGAUGACUACGCCAUCAAGGUGAACGAGCAGUUAUACGCAGCCGGGUUCAUGUCGGAGGCCGACACGGACGCGGGCGACACCCUCAACAAGAAAGUGCGGAACGCUCAGCUCGCGCAAUUCAACUACAUCCUAGUGGUGGGCGAGCGCGAGAAAUCUUCGGGCACGGUGAACGUGCGCACUCGGGAUAACAAGGUCCACGGCGAGAUGUCCAUCGAAGCACUUAUAGAACACUUCAACACCCUCGUCAGGGACAAGACUUUGGCUGAAGACAGCCAGUUACUCAAGUAAUCCUGGAAACACCUAAAUGCCGCACAGGAUCUACCACAGACAAGACAUCCUCCAGACUGAGCAUAGUCGCGCUACCUCCUCUGCCACAAAUAUACGGUAGUUUUACUCCAUUUUCGAUCAAUUGUGUUUGAGUGACGCCCAAGUGUCUUUGACCGGACCAAUCACGGCAUGGGACUCGACCACCUCGUCCCCCGCUCUCCUGUAUUUUUGGCAGCAUCGGUUUCAUGUAAUAAUUGCUCUAAGGUCUGUCUAGAGGAUGACUUGUCUGUGGGAUGUACCAACCAACGGGUCCACUGAAGCCACUCAUGAAUCACUUUUUGUGUAGUCAGAAGCAGAAGUUUCUAAGCGGGCGAGGUGUUCAAAAUUACCUUGACACGCUCUCAUUCUCUUAACAAUAAAGUCGCCUCAAGAUCAUUUUGAACACCUCGCUCGCUUAGUAACUUCCGCUGUUGACUGUAUACGAAUAUAGCGGCCCUAAAUGUAUGACUCCCACCGAACGGACGGAGUCGGCGCGCGUUUCACAUUUGUACGGCCACGAACCGGUCGGCUGCUCGCGAACGCGGACGGCUCCGGUCGGAUUCCAUCACUUCUGUCAUACAUACUCGUAAUGUAUAGGCACAUUGAAAAUGCGCUCCGGCGCGGCCCGCCUCCAGCCGGUCGGUGGGAAUCGUACAAAAAAUUUGUUUUGUUAUUUCGAAGUAACUUUUCUUGGAUUUUGGUUCAUACUUAGAAUCACACGUUUACCUAAUCUAUACAUUAUAAAUAAAAAUGUCCUACUUUUAACAAAACUCCAAGAAAAGUUAGAUCUGACAAUGAGACAAACCGUUUUUGGCGCCUGGUACGAAUUUAAACUUUUAACGUGUAAUUUUCAUUCACCUAGAAAUUCGAGGGGUUUGCGGUAAAACCCGGUAAGUCGUGCAAAUGGGUUUUUGAAAUUAGAACUAUACAUGGUAUAAUAAUAUACUCCGCCUGGUACUCUCUUCCCGUCUUUUCGUGGUCACGUGGCUGACAAGUGGCAAUGUUAUUGUGACGUAGGCUUGUGUCACUCUGGGAAGAGAAGACCAUGUUUUAUUAGACUAUGAAACUAUACGAAUAUGUCACGUGAUAGUUCUUAUUUAAGUGACAAAAUAUCUAGACUUAUCGGGUUUGGCGCCCAUCCCUCGGAAUGCACAUUUUCAUGUCUGAUGUUAAGGCAUUAUCGCGGCCCUUUAGUUUUCAUUUUAUUGUGAUUCGGUUAGAAUAAGUCUUCUUUUUUCUUGCAUUUUAAUGUAGUAAUUUAUUUAGCGUAUCAUUGUCGAUAGACUUAAAUGAUUUUAAAACGGAUAAGUUAAUUUCUUGCAUUUAAUUUAUUAAAUAUCGAUAAAAAUUUAGCAAUAUGAUGGUUUAAGUUUAAAGGUAAACCUGUUAUUGUAACAUGGACCUUAAUAAGCAAAAAAGACUUAUCAAAACUAUAUUUAUCAGAGAUGUCAAUAUGCAAAAUGCAGAAUUGUAUUUCCAGUUAUAUGUCUAAGCUAUGGUGGUUAAUAAAAAUGCUUUUAUUUAUGAAUUCGUUGUUUUAAUUUCAUCCGUGCUUAUUAUCUACACAAACACCUAUAAUUGUAUAAAAAUAUUUGGCAACGCGUAUUAUACGGCGAGGUAAGCGUGUAUUCCAAAUCUUAUACAAAGUAAAUUUAUAACUUGUGCCCCAAACCAAACAAAAUUUACCCAAAUUACUGAUGUUCCGUCGGAAAGUUUCCAAAAAUGCGAAAAUUCCACACGGAAUAGUUUCGGAAACUUCUAACUUAUAUAAUAACAUGUGAGUGUAAAUUUUCUAUUUCCAAAAUGGAACUUUUCUUUGUUUCCUGUGAUUUUUUUUCUGAUAUUCCUGAGAAUUUAAAGCUUUUUGGAAAUUUUCCGCAACUUGGACAUCUGUACCCAAACCCAAGCUUCCAAGUUUAGGGCGAGCCCGAGAGACUUGCCCAGGUCAGAGUGUUGAACCCAGCUUAAACUUAAAAGUACCAAAUUCAUAAUAUUUUAUCAGUAAUCCAAUAUCACAUGACGCAUGUAUGACAAAAAAAAAUACUUGGGCAAGUCUCCCGGGCUCUCCCUAUGUCCAGUUGUAUUAGAAACAUUAUUAGCGCCACUUCACCAUUCCACUAACCCGGGAUUAACCGGUUAAACCUGGAGUAACUAUGGUUACCAAUACAAUUUGACACUGGGUUAACGGUUUAACCGCUUAACCCCGAGUUAGAGGGAUGGUGCAAGUUGGCCUUAGUCUCCUAAGACCCCACAAAGAAGAAUACUGCAACAUACGGAUACGCUCUACAUAUCUUUUGUUUUUCUGUACCAUCCUGAGAUUCAGAAGCAGUUGUUUUGUUUUUGAAUUUGGAACUCUUACUUACUAUAUGUGACGUUACCAACCAAAAGGGUAACUAUUGUCGAUUGUUGAUAAGGCGUUAUUUCCAUAAAGCUGGAAUUUGAAAUCAACCUUAUCGACGAGCGACAAUGUACCUUUUAGUUGAAACGUCACAUAACAGUUCUGAAUAGAUUGUGGAAAAUGUAAAAUUUUGUAUGCGGGGUCUCCUCAGGAGGAUACAGAAAAGAAAUGCAACAUACGACGUGUCUAGGCGCGAAUACAAAAAUAUAAAAUUAAUUAAAAUACUGGUAAGGCAUUGCAAUUGGUGCUACUCUUAGAUUAAUUUCUAUUGUCACAAUUUAAUAUAAUUAUAUUUUUUACUUCUGAAAAUACUAGGUUUCUAGUAUGUAACUUGAUUUACAAUCACUGGGUCGUAAUGGUUUUCCCACACUGGCAGUUAUAAAACAUUGUGUGAAGAACAUAAUAAACCAUUAUCAAUACUAUCAUGUAUCUAUAUGUAUGUCCAUACAUAACGAAAAGACACUUCUCACAAUGUGAGAAGUGUCUUUUCAUAUCAUACGAUGUUAUAUAACAGCCAAUGAGGGAGCAGCAUUAGCAGUAGUAGUAAUAGUAUAAUAAAAAAAUAAAAAUAAUCUCACUAUCAGACAGAUUUGGUGACUAGGUGCAUAAAAAACUGACUUAAUUCUAAAUAAAUAGCUUACACCGAUACACAACAUAAUUCUUAUAUUCUACAAAAGUUUUGGAAUGUGAUGCAAUAAUAACAAGUCAAGAAAUAAAUAAGUAAAGUUAACAUUAUAAUUAAACGUUCACUGUUUUUGGUUUCCAAUCGCAACAUCGAAUCAUUAGUUAUCCAAUCUUUCAUUUUUCCUUUUUCCACCGUGAUACAGUUUUUACUAGUACGGGGAUCAGAUGACGCUUACUCAAUGUUUCAUUGCAUUUACCUUAAAAACUUAAGUGUACAAGUUAUUUACAAUGUUAAAUUCACCUUGUAUCAUUCAUUACUUGUAAGCAGUUGUGAGCUAUAAUUUAGCUAAAUAAAGUUAUUUUAUUUA